CACGUGCAUGUUGAUGUAGAUGGUCAUAACAGAACAUUGAACGCAUUAACAUAGUCUUCUUUAAUGCUUAAUCAAGAUUAAUUCAUUUAAUAUUAUUUUCUUGGGAAUCGAUAACUUUAGCUUGACUGAUAUUUCCAGCUAAAUGGGAAAUAAUGUAUGCACACCAAAAUCAUCGCAUGAAAGAAAUUAACAUGGAACUUCAGAACGGAUAUAAAAAGCCUGCCUAGUUUCCAAACCAAUCACAAACCCAUCUCCCGAAGUAGCUGUAGUUAAGAAAUUGCAAAUUAAAGUAUUAUGAAGGUAUCAAUAUCAACCUGUUGUUUCCUCCUCAUUUGGCUCUACGCAGCCAAAGUACAAUCAAAUGCGGAUAACAAUUUGCGAAUAAUAUUUUGGGGACAAGCAGGAGCCGGCAUCUCAUCAACGUUGAAAAGUGUUCUUGGCAAAAUCCCAAUCCGUCAAACGGCAAAUAUCGGAUCCUCCUCCACCAAUGGGACCAAUUACAUCACCGAAUACAAAAUAACCCCACCGGGCAGUACAACUUCCACCAUUCUACUCGAUGUGGCUGGUCUAAACUCAAAACCUGGUCAGGACGCCGAGACCAUGUCGGCCUUACUAAAGUAUAUCAAAAAUCCUGACCACAACGCUUCAGAAACCGUUCUCGUCCUCGUCAGCCCAUUUUCCGAUGUUACCUUUUACGAUGAUAACUCUGAUUUUAUAAUUAUGCUCAAAAAAGUCGCCAGAUUUCAAGAGGUUCUCCUAAAUCAGACAAAUGCAGCCAUGCCAGCCAUCCUUGUCCUAUCGAAACUAAUGACAGAGUCAAAACUCGUCAGUGAUAAGCCGGAAGUAAAGACCAGCCUAUUCAAAAACGCCAUUGUCGACCUUGCCCCUGCCACCUUUCGUCAACUCACAAGGUCCAUUCUGAUCGGAGAGAACAAGCCAGAACUGAGCCGUCUCAGCGAGAAGGAUGGCUGGACAAAUUUGCCGAACGGGGAGCAAUACCCUAAAAAUGUGCUCGAUAAGAUCACCAGCCUUUUACAACAAUCCGAUUCUAAGAGUGGGCUUAAAUCAUUCAUCGGAAUUAGGACAAGCACGCCAUCAAAUGUGCGAUUAACAGAGCGGAAGUUAUAUCAUCAAAUGAACUCGUCUACAUAUGACGAUUUUCUACUGACGGCACACAUCUCCGUGGUCGAAGGGGGCAUUGAAGAUGUCGAAAUAUCGAGAAAAUUAAUUACCCAGUAUGCCCAGGGGUAUGAUCCGACAUACCCACGCUACACCCUCGACGCCCUGCUGCAGCUGCAAUACUUUUUUCAAUCCAAAUUAAUUAAAAAGGUGGAUCAACUUCCCAAAUCGGGGCCAAACUGGGCCAAACUUUUCCUCGAUAUGAUCGAUCUUCCAGAAAGUGAUGAAUUUUUCAACCUACUCACGGACGCUUUUAAUGUACCGACAAUCUUUCCCGUUACCCCGAACGAGGAAAAUGUAUCCAUCGUUAUCAUGGGGAAAGGACAAUCUGGGAUAAGCAGCACGGUUCAAAAGAUCCUUGGCCCCUCGGCCCAGAUCACUACUGCCUCUACACGACCAUCAUCCUCCAGUGAUGGCGACAUGUAUGUGACCCAGUAUGACAUCACCGUCCCCGGUACGACCUCCAUCCUCAGACUUAUCGACGUUGAAGGACUCACUGAAGGAAAACCUGCCGACCACGACUAUAAAGUGUUAUCCAGUCUCGUAUCCUACUUAGCCUCGGGACCAGACGCCCCUAACUUUUGGCUAAUAAUUUCAAACUUCAACGAUAACAAGUUUCUCGGGGGGAGGACCAAUUUAGCGAAAAUGGCUAGCAGCGUGGCCCGAGUACAAUCCGUUAUUCAAUGGGAUCGUGAUGAGCUACGAAUGUUCAAAAAUACUCUUCUCUUAACAAAGCUGAUGACUGAAAGUGGGAAGAAUCAGAGAAACCCGGAAAUCAAAGGUGAUCUUUUUAGCAGAGCGGUUAGCAGAUAUCCGGCUUUGUACCCUGCCGGUGGCGUAUUGUUUGGUGAGAACAUGUCGACACAGCAGGAGAGCAAUGGAUAUGUCAAAUUACCGAAUGGAGAAGUCUAUCCGGAAAAUAUAUUGGACAACUGGGCAUACCUGGCCAAGUUAUAUGACGUCGGUGGAGUUGAGGUGAUUCAAAAGUUUAAGGAUUUGCGAGCGUCACUCGUUCCGUAUAAUGUUGUCAAGAGUUAUUACUGAAUAGAGUUGAAUAAAUAAGCAGUUUUGUUAAGAAUAGAUAGGUAACUUUCUUAAGUAGGUAGCCAACUAUCAAAUUUUGUACGAUAAUUAUAUUUGCAAAACUGAAAAUUAUUUAUCACAAUUUGAAUUUACCAAAAAGUAUGUAAAACCAUAAAAGCUAAGUAUGUAUUUAGGUAUUUUCUAAAUCGGCUUUGCAUUAGAAAUUUUUAAUAUCUAAAUAGCAACCACUUCGGCGAACGAUUAAAUUUUUCCCUAAUUAGUCAUCAGAUGAUAGUAUAAAACUAUGUAUGCAAACCUUUGCCAUAAAAUUGCCAGUUUCAACUCGAGUUAUGUAUUUCACUGAUCUUCAGUGGUAUUCUGCUUGUACAUAUUUUGGCGUGAGCUCCAAGAAAGUGAUUGUGCCGCAGUUCAUUUGAAACUAGAGUAAUUAUUAUAGGAGUUUAGCAUGCCUUCUUGUAUACUUAUUUACUUGCAUUUUUGGGAAGUAAAUACUUAAUGCCGAAAAUUGGUGAAAUUAAACUCUAUCAAAUAAAAUGUACAGUCUUUUAAAUAGA